ACAAAAAAGGAGCUGGAAUCAGAUGUCCUACAACAGAUUGCAGUAAACACGCGUGGAUAUGCAGAGUGCGAACUUUAAUUAUGUAGCCUAUUUGCACAAUAUAUAAACCUUUGGAUUAUGCGAUAAAAUAAACUGCAGAGAACAAUUAUCUAUCACCCGAUUGAAUGCCUGAGCGAAUUCAGAGUGGGACCAGAGAAAGAGGGGAGUUUUUCAUACACUUUUAGAGGACUGCGGCUGGAAAGAGUCUCUCUGUUCUAUAGACUGCUGGAGAGAUCCUGUGUAGCGCCCCCUUUGUGUGGAGGAGGAAUGACGACACCCCCUCAAUGAGAGCCAUGGAGCUGAAAGUGUGGGUGGAUGGAGUGCAGCGGAUCGUAUGUGGCGUCACAGAGCUCACCACGUGCCAGGAGGUGGUCAUUGCCCUGGCCCAGGCCAUUGGGCGUACUGGCAGGUACACGUUGAUCGAGAGAUGGCGGGAGACGGAACGUCACUUGGCCCCGCAUGAAAACCCUGUGGUGUCCCUCAACAUGUGGGGCCAGUAUGCCAGCGACGUGCAGCUGGUUCUCCAGCGCACCGGCCCUUCCCUCAGCGAACGUCCCAACUCCGACGGCUCAUCCCGUGUGCCCGAGCGCGGCCUCUACCGCCAGAGCCUGCCUCCUCUGGCCAAGCUGCACCCGUCGGCCAAUGACCGCUCGCUCAAGCGUCGGGAGCCCAAGCGUAAGUCCCUCACCUUCACGGCUGGGGCCAAGGGCUUGAGGGAUAUUUUUGGGAAGGGCAGAGAUGCCGAGGCCAAGCAGCAACAGAGAGCACUGAACCAGGGCAGGGGGGUGGUGUCUGUGCCCCUCAGUCCAGCCCGGGAGCUGGUGCGCCUGGUCCAGCUGCAGAAGGACAAGCUCCAGCUACUGGAGAGCCGGCUGCAGGGCUGUGAGGUAGAGCUACACGGCUGGGAGAGCGGUGAUAUUGGCAUGUGCGUUGAGGGUCAGGAGGACGUCGGCGUGCUGGAGGAGGAGCUGGCACGUCUGGAGCAGCAGCUGCGGAGGAACGAGGUGGAGAUGUCCGAGGAGGAGUUCUGGCUGAACGAGCUGCAGAUCGAGCAGGAGAGCGAGCGGCAGCUGAGGGAGCAGCUCCAGGAGCUGAUUGGACGGGUGCGGGAGUGCGAAGCCCGGCUGGGGGAGUACCUGACCCGUAUCCAGGGCAUGGAGGCUGGCCUGGAGCAGGAGACUGAGCAGAGCAGGCAGGUGGACGAGGAGGAGACCCGGGCCCAGCUGGGGAAGGUCAGGGCAGAGCUGGAGCAGCAGGUUCAACACAGAGUGCAGCUGGAGAGCAGCUGCAGGGCUGUGGACCGCUCACUGGGACAGUCCAGCAAGAAACUACAGGAGAAAGAGCAGGAGUUGGAGCAGCUGACCAGGGAGCUGAGACAGGUGAACCUUCAGCAGUUCAUCCAUCAGACGGGCACCAAGGUCACCGUUCUACCAGCCCAGCCCAAUGACCAGGAAAAUAACACGGACCUCCAAUCAGGCUCGCUGAAACGGCUGGGCUCCUCCCGCCUCCUCCCCAGUGACCUCCGAGCUCUGCAGAGUCCAGUGUCUUCAGGCCUCAACCCUGAGGGCAUCUACGUCUGACCCCUGACCUUUACCUUCUGCUGCCUACCACCAGUGACCUGCUGGAGUUGAGUCGGCUUCUCCCCUGGAGGAUCCAUCUCUUAUCUCCAUUGGAGCUCCACCAGAGGAGGCUGGUGGGAGGAGCUAUAGGAGGAAGGGCUCAAUGUAAUGGCUGGAAUGGAAUAAAUGGAAUGGUACCAAACACAUGGAAACAACCAUUAGAAUGAGCAUUUGCGCUGGCAGCUCAUCCCCUUAGCCUCCUCUGAUCUCCACCCUGUCCUCCCACAAUGCCAUCCUUCCCCUUCUCUCUGCUGAGUUUCCUCUAUCUUCCAUGAGAACACACAGAGACCCCCAACAGUUUUGUCAAGACUAUAGGAUUUAGAAUGUUUGCCUCGUUUUGGCUGUUCUGCCACUGGUAGAUAGCUGGAGAGCUCGACCAUGUCCUUGCUAUGCUUUUCAAACAGUCAUGCAUCCUUGAGGUACAGAAGCCCAAUUUCAAACAGAACGUUUUAGCCUCACCUCUGUGCACUUCUCUAUUUCCUCUCAAAGAUCUACAAGGACUGAGUAGAUGUGAGAAAUAUGGUAUUAACACCACCUAGCACUCUGUUACCUUCAUAUAGCAAGCUGAUGGACUAGUAAAGUGCACAAUCACAGUCAUGUGAUGACUUAACUAAAGAGUCAACUGCUGCCCCUGGACAACCAUGAGGAAAUCCAGAUGUUUGUAGGGGUUGAGACUGAAGAAAGUCCCUUUGAGAUCAGGCGAAUAUAGAGGAAAUGAAAAUAUCUUCAGACAACCAUGAUUUACAAAGACAGAGGUCUCAAAAGUCUAUUGGCCAUUUGUUACAGAAACAGAAUGGGUCAGAAAACCACAUUUUACACAGAUAGGCCACCUUGUGUGAGACCUUUGUUGUUUAAUAGAGCCAUAUCUGACUGCAUUAUAAGUAUUUUUCUGUUUUAAAGACUAAGAACAGUAAAGGCUGUUAUAACAGAUACUUAUAGACAUGGCAGCUAUACUCCAGAGAUCCGAUGCACCAUUUAUGGUCAACACAGCAGUCUAGUGACUAAUUGUUGAUCAGAUUGUGAUUUUUUUUGUGACUGAUGUCAAUAGCUGUAUAAUCUGGUCUGCCACUGGGUGGCAGAAUACAUCUCAGAAAACAUUUCGCUAGGAUCUUAAUAUUGGUCAUUUCAUAUUGAUUAUACAUGCAAAAAUUUUACAUUAUGCAAUUUAUGUGGUUACUCACUUUCAUCGUUGGAAUAUUUCAUUAUGCUGUAAGUUUACUGUUGCACUUUUACUUUGGAAGGGCCUACAGAAUUUGUACUUACCACUUACAGUUUUUAUAGAUAAUGCCUUGUUUGUGUUGAGUGGUUUUCUUUUCUCAUUUGUAACCUCUUGAAUAAUUGUGGGUUUGUAUAUUGUCUUACAUGGCUAAUCAUUUUUAUGAAGUUAAAAAGAUGUCUCACAUGAACCAAAGCAAGUUAGACAAUGUGAUUGGUAGCGGUCAACCUGAAUGUACUUAAUUUGUUAAAAGAGUUAUUGGACUGUAUCUGUCAAUAGAUCGAACUCCACUCUGUGGCUCUUCAGCCUCGUGGAGAGAGGACUGUGUGAGAUAAGAGGUUGUUGUUUGAUUGUGGACUAGUUGAUACCAGGGAACCCACCAACAGCAAAGCCGGUGGACGCACGUCAAGGUCAACAGACUGACCUGAAGCUCGUUCCAUUCAGUAUUAUUGAUGUCCUAGUUUGGAUCAUGAAGGGUUGAGCUGUGUCGCCGAAAUGUAACCGAACUGUAACCCACUAACACAAGAACAAUGGCUCUUAACAACGUACACAGCAGAGACUAGCAUGCCUUACUGAAUUGUAGAUAAUCACUACAUAGUAUUGGAAUAUUUUACAAUAUUUAAAAUAUUGCAUAAUGCUGACAAAGACAAUAGUUGUAGAUAAUAUGAAUGAACUUUUGUUUUAUCCUGCUACUCUGUGGCCAGCUUGGUGCAUGCACUGAUGGCUUGGUUUCAUUGACGUUUUUGUAUUGUUGAGAUGACCGGAGGCUUAGGAUGAUAGUGGAGUUAUAAGUAUGGAAGUAUAAUGUUUAUCACAAUGUAUAUUACUGACUGCAUGGUCUGUCUUCUACGGUGGCAUGUCUUGGUCCCAGACCAGUGCAUUCACUCAUAUGUCAGAGGACACCGAAAUGCAAACUGUAAACAAAUGGGGCACUUUUUAGGGUUUUAAAAACCCUAUCUUUUGGUGGUUAUUAGACACAACCUACCAAUAAAGUCCCAAAGAUGCAGGGUCGUUUCACCUCAAAAAGCACAUGAGGAUUUCGACACCCACAUCUCAGAUUUUUCUGAAAUCGUUUCUGUAGUGAGUAACAGAUACGAUUAGCAUUCCUGAAACAUUAUUUUCAUUCAAUUCUAUUUCAAUAACAUAAUGUUUUAGGAAUGCCAAUCUUACCUGUUUCUAACAAACUAUUUCUGAACAAUCUGAGAUGGUGGGUGUCAUUGCUCGCUGAAAUGACAUGGAAUGACUCUGCACUGAAAUCUAAUCUACUCUAUGCAUCUAUUAGGACUGUUCUUAAAUGUUGCACCAACUGAGUAUGGUGUUCUCUCUAGUCUUUUAAGGGUCCGUCUUCGUAAACAUGUCUGAAAUCAACGGUUUUCCAGACACAGAUGAAGGGCUGGAUUAAAUCUGUAGCGCUCUAACGCGAUUGAAAUGUUUAUAUAAUUUCUGAUUGAGCCGACAUAUGCAGUGGUUACCAUGAAUUCGGUCUCCACGAACAUUACCUUUACAUUUCUAUUAUGCAGCCAAAGACAGUAACGUAGGCAUAAACUGCUUCUUCAAAAGAAAUACCUGCCCACACUUGUAGGCGAUGUCAUGGCAACGUUGGAAACACGUCAUCGGGUCUAACGGUCGUCUCGCACCGUACUGCGCAUGUGCAGGCCUCCAAUCAAAGGCUCAAAAAUGAAAACGUGUCAGUUUCUCACUUUCACGAGGUUGGAGUAAUAACAUGUUCAAUUUCUUAAGAUAUUGUCUCGAAGCUAGGUUGUGCCUUUAAAUUGAGAACAACUAAUUCAUAAUUUUUCACUUCUCUCAUUGACUUCUCAAACCCCAGCCUGGGUUGCUUGGUCUGUUUCGCAAGCGUUCCCGGAAGUCUGGGUUUAGAAACUGGCGCAGCUCUACAGCGAUACGGAUUAAAUACAGCCUUAAACCUAGUUUUGGAUUGAGAAAGACGUUUAAUAGAGAAUCUCCAGUGAACACAGUUUUUAGUCUAGGACAAGGCUGACGAUAUGUCCGGGAAACCAGCCCAAAGAGUAAAUGAUUGGAAGGAAAUUCUGCCAACAUGUCGUACGGAGCUGUCAUGUAUGAGAAUGACAUGUUCUACUUCCUUUUCCCCACAAACAUCUGAGAGAAAUGACUUUGCCACAUCCAUGACAUCAUUGUAAUAAACUGCUGUUAUUAUAUGAAAUGCUUAAUACAUUUAGACCAGUGUUGAAA